UUGUCUAGCUGCAGCAGCGUCCGAUCAGUUGAGAGCGAAAUGCAUCGCCUGUUAAACUGUAUCCAUGGAUGUGUACCAAAGUGACUUCUGGAUGUAUAUUGUCCUCAUCUGUCCGGCGGGCUGACAGAGAGUCAGGGAACUCUGCAGCGAUGGAUUGUAAAAACUGAAGCCGGCGGCCAGCUGUGUCCAUAUCACCCACACCUUGUCAUCUGUCAUCGAAUUUGAUUAUUCUGAGGACUACUCAGAAUUCGGAAGUUUGUUGUUGAACAUGUGUAGCAUUGUCACAAGUGUAUGAGUACGGACCCUGCCACUGUCAUUGUGAUUUUACCAAUAGCUUUAACCAGUGAAAUCCUUAUUUGAAAAGGGUUUUUUUCAAUCUGUGAUUUGGGUAGUUUUUUUAGAAAGCCAUUUUUAUUUUGUUUUUUGGUUUUAUUGCCGUAAUGAGAAGAAAACUAUUGUAUGGAGUUGUGUUCUGUUUGGCGGCAGUGUAUAUCCUUUACUAUGCUCUCCCUUGUGAUAAUGGAUCAAAAAUGUUCAUGGUUCCAAAGGAACCAACAAAGUUCAUGUAUGACAACAAACACCGUGCCAUUCCUUACGACGAAAAUAUGGACAUCAUAUUCAUUGGCGGCAUGCCAAGAAGUGGGACUACUUUAAUGCGGGCACUUUUGGACGCUCAUCCAGAGGUGCGAUGUGGAGAAGAGACGCGGGUGGUUCCACGGAUUCUUGGCAUGAGGACACAGUGGGAGAAGUCUCCGACGGAGAAAAAACGGUUAGCUAAUGCAGGAAUCACUGGAGAUGUGCUUGACUCUGCCGUGCGUUCUUUCAUUCUUGAAAUCAUUGCCAAACACGGAGAAGCUGCCCCCCACUUGUGCAACAAGGAUCCAUUCACAUUAAAAUCUGCCAUAUACCUUAGUCAGUUAUUCCCCCACUCUAGAUACAUAUUGAUGGUCCGGGACGGAAGAGCUGUCGUACAUUCGAUCAUCACUCGCAAAGUCACCAUAUCUGGCUUUGAUUUGAAGAGUUACAGAAAGUGUCUGCAGAAAUGGAACCAGGCUGUUGAGUCAAUGUAUGGUCAGUGUUUGAGAGUGGGGCCAUAUCGCUGUAUGCCUGUGUACUAUGAACAACUUGUGCUUCAUCCUGAACUGUGGAUGCGGAGGAUCCUCAACUUCCUGGAGCUCCCCUGGAAUCAGUCGGUGCUGCAUCACGAGGACUAUGUCGGCAAACCAGGAGGAAUCUCAUUAUCAAAAACUGAGAAAUCUACAGACCAAGUGAUCAAGCCGGUCAAUGUUGAGGCACUGACCAAGUGGGUGGGCAGCAUUCCUGACGACGUUGUACGAGAUAUGGCCUCGGUGGCCCCCAUGCUAAAGACUCUUGGUUACGAUCCAGACUCCAACCCACCAGACUACGGAAAGCCAGACCCUCAAGUUUCUGACAACACGCUACAUUUACAAAAGAAUAAGGAUCUGUGGCAAAAACGUGAAAAGGACAUCUUCGACAAAUUAGAUGAGAGCAAAGACAAGGAGGCUAAAAAUAGAUAUUCAUCCAACUCGACUGUGCACUGAUCACAUGAGAACUAUAAAGUAUUAUGAAUGUAUAAAUGAUAAUGAAUACUGUCUCAAAGAUCAUCCUUUUACAGUCAAUAUCUGUACACAUUUUGCAGCGUUAGAAAACUUAAGAAUUGAAAUCAAGGUUUUCUUGUCAUUACCCACAUGUUAAAAGUUCAACAUGUAUGGGUCCAACAAUUUAUAUGCUAGUAAGACCCCUCUGAGACCCCAACAUCCCUGAACCUCUGCACACCUAGAUCCCGAACUUCUGCACACCUAGACAGCUGUAGCCCUAGGUCCCUGGAUCCUUGGAACCCUGGACCUGUGGACCCUAGGCCCCAAAAUCAUUGGACCUCUGGCCCUGUGGAAGCCUGUAAAUGUAUAUAAUUUAAGGGAUCUGAAAAUUCACACUUCAGAUCUAAAAGGACCUAAGGAUCCAAAAGUUUCAAACACAGAGGUUGAAUACAAACUGUGAUACAAAAGACCGUUAUUUGAUGUUUACAUGGUAUACCUGUUGGGUUUUAAUCGUUAGCACAGGUGAGGUUGAUGUUGGUUGUUCUAUACAGAAUGUUAACAUGCAGGUAUUGAUAAUAUUGUGAUGUAUCUCUUGUAUACUGAUGUUUAACAUUUGCUGCUAAGGAUGGCAUGUUAAGAGUCUAUUUUGCUAUGGAUCAUAACGUAAACAGUGUACAUGAUCCUUGGAACAGCUGUUUCAUAUUCCAGUAGAAACUCUGAUAAAUUGUGCAGUCCUAUAUUAUUAUUUAUCACAAUUAUAGUGUGGAACAUACAUUUCAUACCAGAUUAAAUACCCCUGUAACCAAAAUUUUCCAAGAGAUGACCUAAGAAACAUUUGGUUAUAAUUUUUUCAGAUUUAUCUCCAGCCAACUGGAAAGACAAGGUAUGAUAAGGGAGUCAUUUUGGAUAAGGGAACUUUUAAAAGAGUGUUAGGAAACUUACUGAAAAUGUUCAAGCGACUGAUAUUAAGAAUCUUGUCUUUUCAGUCUUUGACAUGCAUCAUUGACCAGUUGUGGCAACAGUAAAUGAAAAAAGCUAGGGGUGAAACGGUAUACCACGGUAUUAGUAGAACUGCGGUAUUUUGCCUUCGGUUCAGUAAACCAUAAUG